UAUCUACCGAGAGGCUCGAAAAGAAGCGACCCACAGUGGCAAGUCUGCCGACGUUCCCAGCUACCGAACUCGAAGCCCGAGGCCCGUCGAAGCUACGUCGAGCAUCGUGUCCUGCAUUUGUAAUGGAGUCUCGGCGCUCCAUUGAAGCAAGUCCAUCGUCGUUUCCAGCCAGGAAAGUGGAAGCCCAACGUCCGGCAGAAGUAGGACGACCAUCGCUUCUCGCUGCUCAACUGGAAAGAGACACGACGACAGUGGCGGUGUCUACCUCUCAGGCUGUGCUGCAAAGUGUGCGCGAGGUGUUUAGGUGCACCAUGUUCUAUGCGCUCAUUGUAACCUGGCUAGUACUCAGUUACAACGUCGAUAUUUCUUCUCCACAAUAGUUGACCUUGCUUUGGACAAAGGUGUAAGCAUGCGCGACGCUGUAGCCCUCAUACCCUACUACUCAAUCACGGACCUGGUGGGAAGGGUCUUCUUGCCGCUGCUAGCAGAUCGAAAGUACGUGCGGCGUACAAACCUCAUGGUGAUAAACUACCUCCUCUUGGGAGCGACCGUGGUGUCGCUACCGUUCACCGACAGUUACGGCGCACUGGUGGGCGCGUCGCUGUGUAUCGCUAUGUUCAUAGGGUGCGGAAUGACGAUGCACAGCGUUCUGAUGGCGGACUAUUUGGGCCUCGAGCGGCUGGCCGUGGGGUACAGCAUUAUGGGUGCCAUCUGUGGACCACUGCUCAUGGGGAAGCCUCCGGUUGUAGGUUUCUUCAGGGACAAUCUCGGCUCGUACGAUGCAAUGUUCGGCUUCUGGGAAGCCUGUGUUUUUGAUCGGCCUACUUUGGAUGAUGGUGUCAUGGUUUGA